AUGUCGCAGCGAAUGGGAAUGAAAUCCACUCGCGCGAAGAACAAGAAGGUGGUAGUGGAGUGCGAUAUGAUUGAGGGCCCGAUUUUCGCCCCUACCCAUAUAUUGGACAAGAAGAAUGCUCGGCCGGCCACUUGGGGAAAGCAGAAUGUGGAGGCACUUAGGGAGGAGUGUGGCUUUCCUCCGUCGGCAGUAAUUCGGUUGCCGCAGCCCGAUGAACGGGCCAACUGGGUAUCGGACGGUUGGGUGUGCUUCUACGAGUACCCCUUCAAAAUUGGAUACACUUAUCCUUUCUCGCCUCUGGUGAGAGGAGUUCUGAGGGCGCUGGCGGUGCCGCCAGCGCAAUUGAUGCCACAGGUCUGGAGAGUAAUGCGCCUGGUUGACCAUUUGGCGGGCCAACUGGACAUGGAGUUCCGGGUCGAGGACCUUGUGUACACCUACAAGGUCCAGAAUUAUGGGGCUGGUAGGUACUUGCUGCAUGUCAAGGAUGACAGGGAGGCCCUUCUUGGUGCGGAUAAGUCGAACGACCGCGGGUGGAUGGGUCGGUUCUUUUUUGUGGAGUUGGCUAGUUUAGGGUCCGACUCCGACUUUUUGACGGGAGAGUGGAUGGCUAGAGGUAUUUGUUUGUGUUUUGGUGUUUUUGGGCUUGUUGAUUUGACUUUGUCUCACUUUUUUGUUUUUGUAGGUGCAUCCUUCGACACAGUUGGUGUUGGUGCUGAAGCCAUAGAGAAGACUGAUGUGCUGCUGGGAAUUCCUCUAAAGGACAGAGCCUUUGUCGGCACCAAGUUCGAGCGCGAAGAGCCUCAAGAAGAAGAGAUCUCUGAACCUGUGAGCAUGUUGACAUCAACAGGAACUGGCCCCUCGACUCGUUCUGGUAAGGCUCCCUCUGCGGAUGCACUGCUGAAGAAGCGGCUCGAGUCGCUAGGGAAUAUGUCCUGAGCCAAACCCAUCACCAUGUUGUCACCCCGAAGCCGCCAAAGACUUCA